AUGUUCUCUCACACCGCUCAUUUUCUGAAGGAUAGGGAUAUUAUCGUUGUUGGAGCAGGUAUAGCGGGCCUCUCUUUUGCGAUCGCGUUACGAAAAUAUGGAUCCAACGGCGCAACGGUGCCUCGAUUGACCGUGCUAGAUCGAGAUCCCAGAGAGCCUGAUGUGAAGAGACAAGGAUACUCAUUGGCCUUGAAUGGCAUAGAUGAAGAUGGCGGACUCGCAGCUUUGCAGCAGCUGGGCUUACUUGAUCGAGUCCUGGAAUACGCAACGACAAGCACUCUUGGGAUGCCGUUUAAGAUGUGGGACGGCGCUUGGAAUGAACUUAUCUCUGUUUCUUCCACGCCUUGGAGUUCACUUCCCGUGGGCAUGCUGCGAGUUCCUAGGGUUCGACUCAGGCAAAUUCUCAUCGAAGAAGCCGAGCGAUUGGGGGUUGAUAUCAAGUGGGCAUCACAAUUUCGAGGUGUUACUCGUUUGAAUAAUGGCAGACUAUCUGCCAUAUUCUCUUCUAACAACUUGAACACCUCGGAGUGUGUAUGUGAUAUUCUGAUCGCGGCCGAUGGCGCUCAUAGCAGCAUCCGCGCCUCUAUUCGACCAGACGACCAAUUGCAAAGUGCUGGAGCAACGCAAAUCGGCGGCAUUGCGACAUUUUCUAAUGGACUUCCGUCGCCGUUGAAUGAAGGCUGGGGAAUCUUGGUAUCAGGGUAUGGGAAUAGUUGCUUCUGCACGCCUAUCCAAGAUAACGCCGUGGUUUGGGCUUUGAGCAAAAUCCAAGAAGUGUCAAACAAUACUCCCGCACAAAUUACUGAAAGAAAGCGCCAGGAAAUACUCACUGAGGCGCGGGAACAUUGUGAAGAAAUUGCAGAACCAUUUGCAUCGCUUCUCGACGCUACAGAUCUUUCCACUGUCUUUGAAAUUCCGGCAAGAGAUAAACAGCCUUUCGACCAUGUGAAUGUGAUGCCCGGGGUUAUUUUUAUUGGCGAUAGUAAUCAUGCUGUCAGCCCCUUUGCAGGAAACGGAGCAAACCUUGCUUUGCAAGAUGGGUUAAAUCUGGCUGAGCUGCUUCUUUCGUCGAAUUCAUUGGAAACAGCUGUCAAUACCUAUGAUAAGAGAGCGAUGCCACGAGCCAUAAAGACCCUCAAAUCGUCCCAUUGGCGCAUAACCAUUGCACACCUCACCGGCAUCCGGUUUGCAAUAUUCAGGCGAUUUGUCAUGAUGGGUGGUUUCUUCCUUUCUUUGAAGGAGCAGAUAUUAAGAGGGCGUUGA